AUGGCACUGUUGGUGUGGUCUCCUCAGGUGAUGCUGUGGAUGUUGUCCUCUCUGCUGGCCCUGGUGGAUGGGGCUUUUCCAGGGGAGAGCAGAAGAGCAGAGCCCAGCCCUGUGGUGGGGCGGGUCCAAGAUGAGGUGGGCUGGCACCCUACCAACAUCCCAGAAGUGGAGGAGCUUGAAGAGGGAGGCAACAUCCAAUCUUCCUGGGACGGGUCUUACGAAAAUCCAUCUAUAUCUGAGGAGGUGGAGGACCACCAGAGCCGGUGGGUGCGGUCUUCCUCCAGCUCAGGCACGCCCAAGAGCCAGCGGACAAACCGGAGGAAGUCCAAAGACUGCAGGAUCCAGAAGAAAGAGAUGCGCAUUCGAGACCUGGGGCUGGGCUUUGACUCAGAUGAAAUUGUCCUUUUCAAGUACUGUGUGGGCACUUGUGAGGACUCCCGCAAGAACUAUGACCUGGCUCUCAAGGCUCUGAUGAAAAGCGGAAACAUCUCUGGCAAGAGAGUAAGCACCCGCCCCUGCUGCCGGCCCACCCGCUAUGAAGCCGUGUCCUUCAUGGACGCCAAGACCGUCUGGCAGACCAUCGAGUUGCUCUCAGCCGCCAACUGCAGCUGCGUGGGCUGAGAGACCAGUGCUCCCCCUGCAAAAGAAAGGCAGGAUGGAAGACAAGAAG